AUGUCUGCUGUCUUUCUGGUUCUACAAAUUCUUCUUAGCCUUGCAUAUGCGGAUGCGCUACAGCAACGACUUCCAUUCCCCGUCAAUAUUUUCGAGAACAUAGAUGUGACGAACUUAACAGCAGAAUGCCGCAGGGACGUCACAUUAUUCUCAACAAGUCUUUCCACCUUUGCCACAACAUUCGCGGCAUGCCGUCAAAAUGAAGGCUGUACUAAGGAACAGCAAAAGAGUCUCGAUAAGAAUGUCUAUGCUUUGCGACAACUUGAUGCUUUUGGAAAAUUACCCGCAGGGUUACUGCAACUUACUGUGAUAAAUACAGGUUCCUAUAGGGAAUGUAUAGACGUAGAAGCGCCCUAUAAGGUCCAGUACUGUUAUGUGGAUGCCUUAAUCAAUGCGACGGAUACGGGUAAACUCGGAUCGAAAAUUGCUGUGUGUCUACCAAUUAGCUGCACGGAAGAGGAUACUGUAGAUUUCAUGAAUUCUAUAAAUACACAAGGGUUAGUGCCAAUAAGCUUCACUGGUACAAGCUGUGUUCCAAUUAAUAAUGUCUAUCCAACGUCAUUUUGGGUGUUCAUGAGCUUUAUGGCUUUUUUUGUCUCUUGGGCAGUUAUUGCGACUGGAGUUGAUUAUGUUUGGUACAAUCAUUACAAAAACAAGGAGCAAAACAGCGUAGUACGCGUACUCCUUACUUAUUCGGUCUACAGUAAUGGAUCCUUUUUGAUGAAUGUCAGUACGCCCAAAAAAGGAACACUCAAAUCUUUGGCAUCAAUUCGUUUUAUUACGAUGACGUGGGUCGCAUGUGCACAUACAGUACUCCAGGAUGCGUCCAGCGACACACUAGCACCGGUGCAGAAAAUGUGGAACCCUCUUCUAUCUACCACAAUCACUAACGCAUAUUUCUCAGUCGAUACAUUUUUUGUGGUUUCUGGAGUGCUUGUGUCUUACACAUUUUUCAAGACGAGACCGACAGCUAAUCAUGUCAAAAAUCCAUUUCUGUGGAUCAAUUACUACGUUCAUCGAUAUCUAAGACUUACUCCUCCUGUAAUGGUGUUCAUUUGGUUUUAUGUAAUCAUGAAACCAUACAUCAAUGGACCCUGGGCUAAAUCACUAAUUUCUUUAUUUAAUGAGCCAGCAGAUCCUUGUGAGAAGUACUGGUGGCGUAAUCUGCUAUACAUUAACAACUUUUUUGAAUUUAAUAAGAUAUGCUACAUACCCACGUGGUACCUUUCCGUUGACACACAACUUUACUUUGUUGCACCAAUCUUUCUCAUAGUACUUUUCGUCUACCCGCUUGCUGGAUUUCUGCUUCUCUUCGCUUGUGUUGCUGCCAGUGUUGGAUACGUUUAUGCAAUUACUAUCAAAAAUUCGUUCCCAGCAAUUGUCUCAGGAGUCUUUCUUCUUAUAGGCUUUCCCGACUUUUGGACUGUCUACUACCAAAAGCCAUGGAAUCGUUGUCCUCCAUACUUAAUUGGAAUGGCAGUUGGAUACUUGCUCGCACUUGGGAAAAAACCAAGGUUGAGCAAUUACCUGAUUAUUUUCAACUGGAUCUUAUCUGCAACUAUCGCCCUGGUUUGUCUGUAUGGUCCGCACGAUUACAUAAAAGGUGAUGAGAGCUGGAACGUUGUCAUAGCAGGAACUUAUAAUAACUUUUCUCGAAUUGGAUGGACGCUUGCUGUGUGUUGGGUUAUUGUGGCAAACCAUUGGGGAUGGGGAGGACUAAUCGCCAGAUUUAUGGACCAUCCACUAUGGCAACCAUUGGGAAGACUCUCAUAUUGUGGAUACAUUGCUCACUAUUUUUUCAUCAACUAUGUUAACAAUCUAGAUGAUCGGCCAGCACAUUAUAUCUCUAUUUGGAAGACGUACAUCUGCUUGGUCAUUCCUGUGAUUGUUGUCUCGUACGUAUUUGCGUUCUUCUGGAGUUGUCUUUUUGAAAUGCCUAUCGUGAAGCUAGAAAAAAUGCUGACUGCUGGAUUACUUCCAAAAAAACCCAACGAAUCUCUCAAAUUAGCUGCGGAAGCAGAUUUACGGCAGCUACCUGAUGCUAAAAUUGCUAGAUUCAAAUCUGAAGAAGGAAAUGAGGAGGCUACGACUAUGGGUAAAAAAGUGUAAAGAGUUAAGAUACGCUCCCAGUUUCGACUAGUAUUGAUUAUAAGAGAGCGUUCUGAUUAU